AUGAAGGACAGCCACAGGCAGCAGGAAGCGGCUCCGGAGCGACAGGACCCCUCGGGGGGAGGAUUUGAGGUUUCCAUCCAGCAGCUGAACGACCUGCUGACGGACAGCAGCGGAUUCUACAGCUGGCCCACUAGACACUUCCAUGAGGUUUACCCGAGGAUCUACGUGGGAAAUGCGUUUGUGGCGAUGAACGUGAUGUGUCUGAAGCGUCAGGGCAUCACUCACAUCCUGAACGCCGCUGAAGGAAACUCCUUCAUGCACGUCAACACCAACGCUGAGUUCUACGCCGGCACGAACAUCACGUACCACGGCGUAGCAGCCAGCGACACCGACCACUUCGACAUCAGCGUUUACUUUGAGGAGGGGGCGGAGUUCAUCGAGAAAGCGCUGGCGUACAAAAAUGGAAAAGGCAAAGUGUACGUCCACUGCAGGGAGGGCUACAGCCGCUCGCCCACUCUAGUCAUCGCCUUCCUGAUGCUGCGCCAGGGCAUGAGCGUGCACACGGCGCUGGCCACGGUGCGACACAAACGAGAGAUCGGACCCAACGACGGCUUCCUGAGGCAGCUCUGCCGACUCAACCAGAGGCUGGGAGCGGACGGAAAGAUCUGGAACAAAUGAGAUAGACUGUCUGUAAGAGAAGAGAAAGUAUGCUUUGUUUCACGUGAGCAGAGAGGGCAGAAGUACUCACAUCCUUUACUCAAGUAGAAGUACACAUACUCGUGUUUAAAAAUACUCUGGUGAAAGUAGAAGUACUGACUAAACUUCUUUACUCAAGUCAAAGUAAAGAAGACUUUGAAAUGUACUUCAGU